CGCUCGCAGCCCCCCCCCCCCCCUCUGUCACAUCACACAGCAAGCCAGCGAGACACCCAGAGAGAGGAAGAGGAGGAGGAGGAAGACGACCGCCAUUGUUGUUGGAUUAGAAAUGUUGAAGCUUUCUUGUAAUGCUGCCACGGACCAGAUUCAGGCGGCCCUGGCCCAAUGCACAUUCCGGGCACACCCCAGACCCAGAUCUUCCCCCGCCGGCGUCCGCCGGAGGGGCGCCGUCUGCUGCUCCUCUCCUGCCGGGAAGGCCUCCGUCCUGACAGCUGUUAUCCCCCAAGAUGGGGCGGCCCUGGUGGACCACCCCGGCUCCGGCAGCCUGGCGGACCGGCUGAGGCUGGGGAGCCUGACCGAGGACGGCCUGUCGUACAAGGAGAGUUUCAUCGUCAGGUGCUACGAGGUCGGGAUUAACAAGACCGCCACCGUCGAGACCAUCGCCAAUCUCUUGCAGGAGGUUGGAUGUAACCAUGCACAGAGUGUUGGAUUUUCAACUGAUGGGUUCGCUACGACCCCUACCAUGAGGAAAUUGAAUCUGAUAUGGGUAACUGCUCGAAUGCAUAUUGAAGUUUACAAGUACCCAGCAUGGAGUGAUGUGGUUGAAAUCGAGACAUGGUGCCAAAGUGAAGGGAGAAUUGGAACAAGAAGGGAUUGGAUACUGAAGGACUAUGCCACUGGCGAAGUUAUUGGAAGAGCCACAAGCAAGUGGGUGAUGAUGAAUCAGAACACUAGACGACUCCAGAAAGUUGAUGAUGAUGUUCGCGAAGAGUAUCUGGUUUUCUGUCCACGAGAACCAAGGCUAGCAUUCCCUGAAGAGAGCAAUGGCAGUUUGAGGAAAAUACCUAAACUGGAAGAUCCUGCCGAGUAUUCGAGAAAUGGUCUUGUGCCCAGAAGAGCUGAUCUGGACAUGAACCAGCAUGUCAACAAUGUCACUUACAUCGGAUGGGUUCUGGAGAGCAUACCUCAAGAAAUCAUCGACUCUUACGAGCUAGAAACCAUUACUCUGGACUACAGACGAGAGUGCCAACAUGACGACAUAGUUGAUUCUCUCACCAGUACUGAACCAACCGAGGACUCCGAAAGGUUACAGGAGCUCAAAGGAACAAACGGAUCCGCAUCUUCAUCGCUGAAACAAGACCAGGAAGACUCUCAUCAGUUUUUGCACUUGCUGAGGCUCUCAAGCGAUGGGCUCGAGAUAAACCGUGGCCGCACUGAGUGGAGGAAGAAACCCUCGAGAUAAAGAAGUCUUUUUUAUCCUGCCUCAUUUAUUGGUAUGAUAUAUAUAUUGUAUCUCUCUCACACGCUUUGUUUCUUGUUUUAAUUGGAUUUGGCGCCAAAAAGACGCAUGUCAUUUAGGUGAUAAAUCUGUGCUUAUGCUAUGAGUUUCUGCAUCAAAGUUUAAAUUACAUAGAGUCCAUUAAGUCUCUUUUGCUGUACUCCGACCAAUCGGCUGUACAAUUUUGAAGUCUAUGAUUGGGGUGUAUUGUCUAGAACAUGUAACAGAACGUGUCCAUGGGACUUAAUGAUCAAAGCUUCAAUUGUCAUACAUUUUCUUA